UAGGUACUAUUGUUUUUAACCAGCAGCCAAGUCGAAGUCAAUUCUGGGGAAUGUACAAUUCAACAGACUCAUCGUACGUUAAUAUUUGAGAGGAUCAUGUAUAUGUAGUUUCUUCGAUACCAAGUGGUGGAUAAAAUAUUUUAUUUUUAUAUCUUCGCCUUUCUUGAACGGUACUUAGGAAAUGGAGCCCUGGUGUUUGUGGAAAUACAUUGAAAGCAAAUCGCUUUUGAGAGGGUUUGAAUUGAAUAAUACAAGUCUGGUAAUAGACGGGGACAGCAUUUCCCGUGAAUUGUACAAAAUACAUGUUAUACACAGAAAGGGCAAUCCUCAAGGGGACUAUAACAAUUAUGCAGAGUACAUCGAAUUAUUUUUUAAAAUGUUAUGUAAUCACCAGAUCACUCCUUAUGUUAUUUUUGAAGGAGGAAUUCGCGAUAUAAAAUUCAAAUCAAUAAUAGUAUCUUAUAGGCUUAAAAGAUUAAUAGAUUUGCCACCAAACGUUUUUAUAGAGAAUAAGGUGCAAUAUUUUCCUUUAUUCAUGAGAAAUGUAUUUGAAUAUGUGUUGAGGAAAUUGAAAAUCAAAACGGUUCGGUGCGACUUCGAAAGUUUUGGCGAAGUAGUAAGCAUUGCAAGAAGUUUAAAUUGUCCAGUAUUGAGCAGUAAUCCGAACUAUUUUUUUUGUGCUGAAAUAGUAUAUCUACCGUUUCAAAGCGUAUGUUUAACUGAAGUAAACCCUUACUCAAGUAGUAUUCGACCUACAACGGGAGGUAAUCCUGAAAUAAAAUAUAUUCCGUGUGCUGCAUUUGAUAUGAAUGGAUUUCUCAAACACCUUGAGUUGACUUCUGAUAAGUUACCUCUGUUAAUUGCAAUAUUAGAAACUGAUGCAUAUGAGUUUCCAAAAUAUGCUUCUUUAUAUCCAAAGGCUCACCAUCCAUGUGAACAUAUUUCAAAUAUAGCCUCAUGGAUUAGAGAAAGAAGCGUUGAAGCUGCCAUACAGGAAUUCUUGAAUAUUGCACAAACUACAGCGGAUAGAGAAAAACUACAACAAAAAAUGGAAAGCUUCAAAUGCGUUGUCAAAUGCUACAAAAGUAAACACUCGUCCUAUCUGGAAAUAUGUAGCAAUCAUGAUUUUCCGGAAAAUAAUUUCGAUCUUCAAUAUGGAGAGAAAAUGAGUGAAAUUCCAGAUAUUUUUCUUGAAAACUUCAGGAAAUGUCGAUAUUCUCCAUAUUUAAUGGAUAUAUAUAUCCAUAACCAGUAUUUUGGUUUCAAACCACAACUGGAAAAAAUCAAUUCGAUACAUUCCCACCAUUUGAGCGAGAAAAUUGUGAAUGCUAUCCACAAAAUUCUCACCAACUCUGUUUCAAAUUUAACAUGCCUUGUCCGAGAAGGUGAAUGUAUGGUUGAAAAAGUAUUUCCUGUAUCCGAGAUCGACGCUCCUUCUUUCAUAGAAAUUCAAGAUAUUUACGUUGAUGACAGGAAAUUGCUUAUUCUGAAAAUACUUGGAGUUCAUACUAUGAAAGAUACUAUACUGUCGUUUUCGGAACGUUUUCAACUGUUUAUAACUUCAAUAUGUUAUAUUGAAAACAUAUCUCCGCUACCCAUUUUUUUUCGUUAUUCACUGAUUAUAUGUGUGAUUAUUUUGGGUCACAUAUAUGAUGAUAAAAAGCGCUCCGUCCGUUGUUCUGAUACCAUUCACAAAGAAAACAUGAAUCUAAACAUUCCUUCUACGUUGCAAGGUGAUGAAAAUAGAGAUAACCCUAUAAAAGCAUCCGAAAUAUUUUAUUUCAAAGAUUAUUUUGAGAAUAAGGAAACAAACUUGUUUGAUAAAGAUUUGAUGCAUUGUAUGUCACAGUUUCAAAGCUGUCUCUUACACAUUAACUUACUUAACGAUGUGUUGAAUAUGCCGUUUCCGGAAUUUCUGAUUGCUGAAUAUUUGAACAAUACAUUUAUUUAUAAUUUAUGUAAGACUUUUGAGAAACAAACACUUCCAAUCGUAGAUGAUUUUAUCAAAGAAUUAGUUACAGCAGCCCCAGAAAUAAUAUCAACAUUUUUGAAAAUGAAUAAUAAACUCAUGUAAAAAAGGGCAAGUAGAGAUGUACAUGUUAUUAGGCUUUUAAUUCAGGGUAUUUCAUACAUCGACUUUCAAAUAUUUUAUUUUAUAUUUACAUAAGUUGUGUUGAAAUAUCUACCAAGUUGAUAAAAUAUAUGAAAUUUAUUUUUUUUAA